AUGGAAACGUCUGGGUGGAUGCAGAAUGAUGCUCGAAUGCUCGUAGAUUUCGACGACCAGUUUCUAGCAACCCAGGAUGCGAGUCUUCUUGCUCUCAAUAGCAGUAGUUCAUACACUGGAUCUGGCAUGGCGAAUACAACAGAAGAUGAAGCCUAUUACGAGGCCGGAAAAGUUGCCUUGAUAUUACCUCGGCUUACCGCUGUCAUCUCCCUCUUUGCCAUUGUAUGUGUGGCUAUUGAAGCCUGGAAGGAUCUUGCUGCCACCAAAAAGAAUAGAGGUGGAGUGCAAAGUACGACACGAAAGAGUGCCUCCACCAUCACGCACAUCCAACUGUUCUACCAGAUACCGCUCUUUUGUCAAGCUGUUGCAUUUGCCCUAGGAUCAACUGCAGCUCCAAAUGGAGAGGUAUGGGGUGCCAUUGGGAACACUGCAACAUGCACGGCACAAGGAUUCCUCUUUCAAUUUGGAGUGCAUGCAGCCAUUGGCUGGGAUGCCACCUUAAGUGCAACCUACCUUAUGAUAGUUCGAUAUAAUGUGGCCGAAUUUCGCCUUCAAGCCUGGGAAAGAUACUACCACAUUGUGAUUUGGCCCUGCACUUUGGCCAUUUGCAUCUAUCCACUGGUGAGAGGCAUGUACAAUUUCAACCACUCAUUCUGCUGGUUGGAGUCAUACCCAAAUGACUGUGUUGGGGACGAAUGCAUCAGAGGAGAAGGAGCUGCACUUUGGCAAAACAUGGCAUCGUUCUUGAUGAUGAUUCAACUGGUAUAUUCUAUUUCUGUCAUGGCUGCCCUGUACUGGUCCAUUCGAGGUUUGGAAAAUUGGAAUAGACGGUACGGCAGCUCUAAUUUUGAAAGUCCCAGUUCAGACGAAGCAGCGGUAAGCCGCCGAAACUCAAGAGCAGUUGGCAUCCAGGGUAUGAUGUACGCAAGUGGAAUGGUCACUACCUCCCUCCCAAUUAUCAUCUAUACUCUACUUGGGAACAUGGCAGGAGUCUGGAGCGCAGGCUUCUUUGUGUUUGCCAACUCUGUUGUUCCUUUGAUUGGUUACGUUAACUUUCUCAUCUUUAUGCGAAAACGAGCAGAAUGCAAAACACGAUACGCAAAGCUAUUGCGGAAGGCGCAUAGUUGGCUCUUUGACUAUGAGCUACUCUGCAAUUGCCAUCUGCAGUGUUUACCAGUCCAUGCCGGCGAGGUGAAUGAUACGGCUCCCUCAACUUUGCCACGUGGGAAUCCAUGCAGUGACAGCGGGCCGCCUGUGCAACCGCAGAUGCAACCACAGAUAGAACCUCUUCACGCAACGGAAGACAAGCAGAGCGAUGCGAGUGAGGGAGCGUCCGGGCGAUCGGAAGGAAUCUGGAUUAGUUUCCAGCGGACUAGUCAAAGGAUCAGUCAGUGGAUAUCGCAACUUGGUGAAUCCCAAUACAGCUCCGAAUGCGAUCGCUUCGAUAACCCUCCAUCAAGGCCAGUGCGGUUCAAGAGUGAAGCGGCAAAUCCCCCGACCAUGCCAGUCAGAGUCAUCUCAGAAGUAACCGACGUGGACGCGGGAAAAAGCGGACGAUUGAACUCAGGUGAAGCUACUCCAUCCAUACCUGUACGACUAGAGAGCUGCACCUUGAGAGCAGGUUCAGAGGGACUACUGGUGGAACGGCAAUGUGACGCAUCCCCGGCUAAGCCACCGAGAUUUGCGAGCGAAAUUGAUGACGUUGAGCAAGAUGUGGAGGGCAAAACUUUGGAUGUGUCUCCUGCCAAACCGCUGAGGUUCGUGAGUGAAUGUGAUGUAGCAGAGCAUGGUGAAAGUACCAGGACCCUUGACUUGUCUCCGGCAAAGCCACUGAGAUUGGCAAGCCAAUGUGGUGUCAAGGAGCAACAUGAGGGCACCGGCAACAUCGACUCGACCCCAACCAACCCACUGAGAUGGACCAGUGAGAUUGAUGUCCCGGAGCAAGACGACUUCACAAGAACCUCCAACGUGUCCCCAAUGAAGCCACUGAGGUUUGUGAGUGAAUGUGACUUUCCCGAUCCCCAGCAUGAUAGUGUCGGAAGCUUGGACAUGCCCCCCUCUAAUCCACGGAGAUUUGAAAGUGAGUGCGAGGUGUCAGAGCUAUGA